AUGUCUGACGCUGUCACCAUCCGUACCAGAAAGGUUAUCACCAACCCAUUGUUGGCUAGAAAGCAAUUUGUUGUCGACGUCUUGCACCCAAACAGAGCUAAUGUCUCUAAGGAUGAAUUACGUGAAAAGAUUGCUGAAGUUUACAAGGCCGAAAAGGAUGCUGUUUCCGUCUUCGGUUUCAGAACUCAAUUUGGUGGUUCCAAAUCUACAGGUUUUGGCUUAGUUUACAACUCUGUUGCUGAUGCUAAGAAGUUCGAACCAACCUACAGAUUAGUAAGAUAUGGUCUAGCUGAAAAGGUUGAAAAAGCUUCCAGACAACAAAGAAAGCAAAAGAAGAACAGAGACAAGAAGGUCUUUGGUACUGGUAAGAGAAGAGCUAAGAAGGUUGCUCGUCGUAAUGCUGAUUAA